AUGGUGCCUCCGAUGUAUAAACUCCUGAACGAGCUCAUGGUCGAGAUUUUCGACGAGCUCCGUAGGACUUCAACUACGCCAAACAGCGACCUGGUGUCCUGCAUGCGCUGCCGCCACCUUUGGGACGACCUUAUCAUCGACAUCCUCUAUACGCAAAUUUCCUUGCUCUACAGGCUCAAGGCUGCCUCGGCGGUUCCCCGCUUCCUAAAAUCCAGCAAAUUCGACCAGACCAUUUCUCUCAACCUGACCAUACAUCCCACUUUGAUCGGUGGCUUGCGCAUCAAACACAAGAACGCUGAAAAAUCUUUGGAAGGGCUCCUUAACGUCCUUCCCGAUAUGAAGCGGCUCGAAACUUUCUCGCUUACACUCAGGUUGCAGCACUACAACCUAGGAUCAACAACUCAUAUGCCAGAAAGCUACUCUCCGAACAUCAGCUGUAGAGAACACAGCUGA